AACCGGAAGUGCCCGAUUUCGAAUUAAAUGAAAAACAUGUGUGUCAAUGUACAUAUGUGCGUGUGUGCACACCCGGUGACACUGAGAACCACUGCGUGUCACGAGAUAGUACAAAAGUGUAACGUAUAAUCUUAAUGAGAGAGAGAGGUAUUUGCGUCACUUAGGUUAAUUUGUGUAGUGGUGCAAAAACCAUAAUACAUGUACACACAUAUGCAGAACGGACUCUGCAAUUGACGGCGAUAGUCGAGUCGCAGAUUUUAAAGCAAUCUUGGAGCGCGCGAGGGCGACUCUGAUUCGUUGUUACUUCCCAGCCGUCUCCGCCUGCCUACAGUUUAUCGGUAUUCCGAAAGUUCUUAGUUUAUAUCGUUACAAUUGCGAACGGAUCUUCCACAGUGAAACCAAGGAAACACUUCAUUGUCAUUCCUCGCGUUGAAUCCGCUAACAUUAUUAUUUGUAUCGUGUCGACGAUCAUCACGACGACAUGACUACCAGAUUCACCGGGAUAAAACUAGGACCUCCCAUCGAGGUUUUCGCGCUGCAAAAAGCAUUCGUCGACGACAGUUACGAGAAUAAAGUUAAUCUUAGUAUAGGAGCUUAUCGUACCAGCGAAGGUAAACCAUGGGUUCUACCAGUUGUAAGGAAAGUGGAAAAGUCACUAGCUGCUGAUGACCUGCAGAACCAUGAAUACUUGCCAGUUCUUGGCUUAGAUGCAUUCAGCGAGGCUGCUACAAGUAUGUUACUGGGUGCAGACUCUCCUGUUAUCGUUCAAGGACGUGCCUUUGGUAUUCAGUCACUCUCCGGUACAGGAUCACUGCGUGUUACCGCAGAAUUUUUGAACCGUGUUCUGCAAUACGAUACCUUUUACUAUAGUAAACCUUCCUGGGAUUAUACGCUGGCAGAAAAUCACAGGCUGGUAUUCACUAACGGAGGAUUUAAGCACGCUCGUGAAUACACGUAUUGGGACAAGGAGACACGUAGCAUCGACAUCGAGGGCAUGCUCAGUGACUUGAGAAACGCUCCGGAGAACGCAGUUAUUAUUUUGCACGCCUGCGCGCAUAAUCCCACCGGAUGCGAUCCGACUCCGGAGCAGUGGGCCAAGAUAGCUGACGUGAUAGAGGAGAAACGGCUCUUCCCAUUGUUCGACAGUGCGUAUCAGGGUUUCGCGAGCGGUGAUCUGGACAAGGAUGCGUACGCCGUACGAAUGUUCGCCGAGCGUGGAAUCGAGUUCAUCUGCACGCAAAGCUUCGCCAAGAACUUCGGAUUGUACAAUGAAAGAGUCGGUAACAUUGUUUUCGUAUUGAAUGACACGAAGGAGCUGGUGCAGGCCAAGUCGCAGUUAGCGUUAAUCAUACGAGGGAUGUACAGCAACCCUCCUAAUCACGGCGCCCGAAUCGUCGCGACGGUGCUGAGGAAUCCAAUCCUCUUUGAGGAAUGGAAGGAGCAUAUUAGAACAAUGUCCGAUAGAAUCAAAGAAAUGAGAAUAGGUUUGCAACAUAGACUGCUGAAACUAGGCACCCCGGGCGUUUGGGAUCAUAUCGUCCAGCAGAUUGGGUUGUUCUCGUAUACAGGACUCACCGAGAGGCAAGUGCAGCAUUUGAGAAACCAUUAUCACAUCUACAUGCUACGCAGCGGCCGUGUAAAUAUGUGUGGGCUUAACGAAUCAAAUUUGGACUACGUGGCGGGUGCAAUCCACGAAACUAUAACGCUGUUGCCGGAAACACGGGACUUACAUUGUAAGUGUUAAGACGCACGGACCUCAAUAACAUGUUAUAAGUACAAAUUAACGAUCGAGUCUUGUUAUUGAAAGAAUAUAGCAAUAUUUUGUAUGACCGACUUGAGAUUUUGUAUGACUCACUCGGAGAAACUUGGUUUGGGUAAUGUAGAAAUCCGUUGCACGAAGUCGUACGUUCCGCCUUCAUAAUUGAAACAUAAGCCUUCCCGUAAGUGUCUUUUCAAGGACCCUCCAAAAUCAAGAGGAAAUAUGUCUUGAUUUCUCCACUGAUAAAUUGUUCUCUUCUUCCGUUGUCACGACAUUUCAAGAGACAAAAGUAUAAAUUAUUGCAAAAUAUUACAAAAUGCCAAAUUUUUAUUAUGUAUUAAUUACGUCACUUUGUUACUUUGAGACUUUUUUUUACAUACAGUGCUAUUAUCGAAAGUUUACAAACAAUUGCUAAUUUGAAAAAUCGUGAAAAAAGUUAAAUAAAAAAGUUGAAUAUUUCCAAUAUAUAUAUAUAUAAACCCUUAAAUUUAUAGAUAUAUAGGUAUAAUUUGUUUAAUGUUACAAGAAUUUUAUACUUUAAAAUAUUUUAUUACACAAAUUUCCAUCACAAUGAUUGCUAUGGAAAAAAAGUGCAGGUAAUUUUCUGAAAAGAUUCACAAAAUGAAAAAUGUAUUUUUUCACGUACUUUGAUAACAACUUUUAUUCUUAGUAAUUUUAUGCAUCUCUUAUCUGGGGUAUAUAUAUAAAUUUAUUUGUAUUAAAUUUUAACGUACUUCUAUAUUCUAUAAUGAUAAUAUUGAAGUGAUCAUGUUAGAAUACUAUUUGUUUGUUGAUAUGAGUUAAUAUGAUAAUAUUCUUUUAUUUAUCUUUCGGCACGUGCAUGAAAAAAUCAGGUUGUUUCAUGUUACGUUGCUGACUGUUGAAAAGGCCAAAAACACGUAAGGUGCUUAUAGAUAUUUAAAACUCGCGUUGGUGCUAUAGAAUUUAAUAAAAGAAUUGUGCUACACGGUUCAUUGAUACUCACUGAUCCUCCAAUUCACAUAGUGGGCUUCCUCGUUUAUUUUGAUAGUGUAUAUGUAUGAAAGCUAGAAUUCAUAUCAUACAUAUGAAAGUUCUAUAUAUUGUAGCAAAUACAUUGAUAAAUAUAAGUUUGGUACUAAGAAACACUUACACAUGAAAAAGAUCAUAUUAUAUCAAGAACGUACAUAACAAAGCAGUUAAUAAUGUUUGAAUAUAUUCUUGUGGUAAUUUUGUCGAUAAAUCAGGAUCAAUUUCUAUAUAAUGCUAGCCAAAAAAUUUACAGAGGAUAGAUACACAAUAGAAAUGAUUAAAUAGAAAUAUUCUAUACUGCCAAUAUGCCAAAAUCCCCAUUGGAAGAACUUAUAUAAUUCUAUACAAACAGCUGCGUACAUCGAUAUUUUAUAUAAAAAUCUAAAAUUCUAAAUUAUUGAUUCAUGUGUGUUACAUAAUUUUAUAUGUUAAUCUUCGCAUUGAUUAAUGUAUAAUACAAUCUUUAUAAUGUAAUGUUAUAUGAAAUGUGUGUGAAUAACGAUAUAAUUUGAACUGGGAAUACUAUUUUUAUUAUACAAUGUAUUAUUAGAUAUCAUAGAUUAUAUUUCAAUAAAUAAAAAUCUUAACAAACAUUUUA